AUGGAAAAUCAAGAUAAUGAAGACUCUUUUACCUCUCUGGUACAUACAUUUAAUCCAAAAUCAGAAAAAUGGGAUGUACCUAAGAUUACAGGAAAGGAACCAAGUAAACGAGGAUACAUGCAAGCCGUUAUCACUAAUGAUGGAAUCAUUUACUCCUUUGGUGGGCGUGAUGGAUUAAUUUAUUUUAACGACAUGAUAUUAUUGGAUACCAAUGAAUUAAAAUGGUCAUAUGCUAAUAGAUUUCAAUCGAAUUAA